AUGUGGCCCGCUUCGCAGUAUUCGCAUAGUAAUGCGCAUCAGCAAAAUGCUGGGAAGGCCAAUGAACAUCAGAAUCAACAGAAUUUGAAGACACUGGGGAUGACGUCUGCUAUAUCUAUGGCAGGUCCAAAACCAAUAGACAUUGAAAAAACAACUGAGUUGAAAGAUUCCCUUGUUCCGUAUGGAGUGUUCGAAUCGGAAGCAGAGAUGCACCACCGUAUGGAAGUGUUGGGGUCGCUGCAUCGCCUUGUGAGACAGUGGAUCCGUGAGGAGUCGCUCCGAAAGAACAUGCCUCCAAGCGUCGCAGAUACUGUUGGCGGCAAUAUAUAUACAUUUGGUUCAUACAGACUUGGGGUGCAUCACAGAGGUGCUGAUAUAGAUGCCCUCUGUGUAGCUCCACGACACAUUGACAGGACAGAUUAUUUUUCAUCCUUUUAUGACCUAUUGAAGACUCAGCCUCAGGUAAAAGAUUUGAGAGCUGUAGAAGAUGCGUUUGUCCCAGUUAUAAAAAUGAAUUUUGACGGCAUAGAAAUUGAUUUGCUUUUUGCCCGACUUGCUCUGAAAGAAAUACCAGACUCAUUUGAUCUACGCGAUGACAUGUUGCUAAAAAAUUUGGAUCAAAAAUGCGUGCGGUCUGUGAAUGGGUGCCGAGUUACUGACGAAAUUUUGCGUCUCGUGCCCAACAUCAACAACUUCAGACUCACGCUUCGGGCGAUCAAGCUUUGGGCAAAACGUCACGGCAUCUACUCGAACACAUUGGGCUACCUGGGCGGCGUGUCAUGGGCGAUGUUGGUGGCGCGCACGUGCCAGCUCUACCCAAACGCGCUGCCCGCAACCCUCGUACACAAAUUCUUCCUCGUCUUCAGCCAAUGGAAGUGGCCGCAGCCCGUCUUGCUCAAGCAGCCUGACUCCGUCAACCUUGGCUUCCCCGUUUGGGACCCUAGAGUGAAUAUAUCGGACCGCUUUCACUUAAUGCCAAUCAUCACCCCAGCUUAUCCGCAACAGAACUCUACCUUUAAUGUGUGCGCAUCUACCCGGACAGUCAUCAUGGAGGAAUUCAGACUUGGUCUCGCUAUAACAGACGAAAUAAUGCUCGGCAAAUGUAAUUGGGAGCGUCUUUUCGAAGCACCGAACUUCUUCUCGCGGUACAAGCACUUCAUCGUCCUGCUCGCCUCCUCUGCAUCAACCGAUGAUCAACUCCAGUGGUGCGGUCUGAUCGAGAGCAAAAUACGACAUCUCAUUACAACCUUAGAAAGGAACUCAUACAUAACAAUAGCACAUGUAAAUCCAGAAUGCUACAAUUCUGUGCCGCUCAACACAAACAAUGGACAGCCUCUCGCCUUGCCACCCGGUGCUCCAAUGCCAGCGGAUCCUUCGCCAGAAAUAAAAAAGAGUGAAAAUGGCGAGAUUUUAGCCAACUACUGCUCUAUGUGGUUCAUAGGCCUCGUGUUUGAGAAGACAAACCUGAACGUAGACUUGACUAACGACAUUGUCUCUUUUACGAAAGCAGUAAACUAUCAGGCGGAAAACACUAACAUGCUUCGCGAGGGGAUGACUAUUGAGGCGCGGCACGUGCGGCGCAAGCAGCUGCACCAGUACCUGUCGGGCUCGCUGCUGCUGCGCACGCGCACCACCUCCGGCGCGCGCCGCCGCGCACACGACCCCGCGCCCCCGCCCGCCCCCAACAAGAAGCCCAAGCGCCUCUCCGAGAGCAGCACCGACGAAGUGAGCGUGCUGUCGUACAACGACGACUCGAACUCGUCGAACGUGUACGAGGUGGUCGCGCAGGCGGGUCGCGCGGGCGAGCCCCCGGCGCCCCACGCGGACCACAACGGCGCCUCCUCCUCCAGCACCAUCGCGUGCACGUAG